CUUAGAGGUAAAAGAAUCACUACACUCGACUUGACUUGACUGGUUUGAUACAUAACCUAUGCAAUGAUUAUACAUAAAUCCGUCUUAGGGAGAGCUUGGUUAACUACGUAUACCCUUUGCCCUUUUCUCCUCUUUCGCGGAUUGGUCAUAAAUUCUAGUAUUAUACCUUCGGCACUCGACUUUCGAGGAAAGAAGAAUCAAAACGCGACGAGGUCGAUAUCAAGACGUCAUGGUUCAUUCAUUCAGUCAUCCCUGAUGCGUAGAGCAAGGGACGCCUAUCUGGUAGGGCAUGAAAUCUUUUUCUUUUUGGGAUGUUGGUGAUCAAUGGGUAUGGUGAUGUUGACUUCUUUCAACACGACC